GGCAGUGGAAUCGCCUCGCAUUUUCGGACAAACGGAGACCGUCUGACAGGAGCGGCGGACUGGCGAGGAGCACCAUGCUGUCGCACGGAGUCCCGCACUGGUGCCACGUGCUCAUGCUGGUGCUGCGUCUGUCUGGGGCUAAAGACUUUCAAUGGACCAAGAACGAGCAGGAAACCUUCUAUUACGGCAAUUUUCCGACCGGAUUUUCAUGGGGAGCCGGCAGCUCAGCCUAUCAGACAGAGGGAGCCUGGGACAAGGAUGGCAAAGGCAUGAGCAUUUGGGAUGCGUUCUCCCACAAGAAGGGGAAAAUACUCAUGAACGACACGGGAGACUCCAGUUGUGAGGGGUACUACAAAAUCAAGGAUGACAUUUCCUUAAUGAAAGAUCUGAAGCUGACCCACUAUGGCUUUUCUAUCUCCUGGCCUCGAAUCAUACCCACUGGAAUCAAAUCGGACCAUGUCAACGAGAAAGGAAUAGAGUACUAUGACAAUCUGAUCGAUCUUCUCCUGGAGAGCAAAAUUACACCCAUUGUCACGCUGUACCACUGGGAUCUUCCACGGGUGUUACAAGACAAAUACGGAGGCUGGCAGAACAUCAGCAUGGUCAGUUACUUCAACGACUUUGCCAACUUAUGUUUUGAAAGGUUUGGAAACCGAGUCAAGUAUUGGAUCACAUUCAACAACCCGUGGUCUAUAGCCGUGGAAGGUCACGAGACAGGGGAACACGCGCCUGGGCUGCAGCUGAGAGGCACAGGGCUUUACAGGGUGGCGCACCACAUGAUCAAGGCGCAUGCUAAGGUUUGGCAUUCAUACGACACCCAGUGGCGACACAAACAAAAAGGCCUGCUUGGGAUCUCUCUGUCUGGGGACUGGGGAGAACCCGUUGAUAUCGCUAAUCUGAAGGACAUCGAAGCAGCUGAACGAUAUGUCCAGUUCUCCCUGGGCUGGUUUGCAACACCCAUCUUUCAUGGGGACUAUCCACAAGUGAUGAAAGACUACAUUGGCAAGAAGAGCGCUGAGCAGGGUCUGGGAAGUUCACGGCUGCCAACCUUCUCGGCCCAGGAGAAGAGCUACGUCAAGGGCACCAGCGACUUUUUGGGUGUGGGCCACUUCACCACCCGGUACAUCACACAGAAGAACUUUCCUUCUAGCCGUGGCAGCAGUUACUUCACUGACCGAGACCUGGCUGAGCUCGUCGACCCUCAUUGGCCCGACCCUGGAUCAGAGUGGCUCUACUCCGUACCCUGGGGCUUCCGCCGGCUGCUCAACUUUGUUAAGACCCAGUAUGGAAACCCCAUGAUCUAUGUGACAGAGAACGGCGUGUCGGAGAAGACGUUGUGCACAGAGCUGUGCGAUGACUGGAGGAUUCGGUACCACAGGGAUUACAUAAAUGAGAUGCUGAAAGCUAUCAAGGACGGCGUGAACGUCAAGGGCUACACGGCAUGGUCCCUGUUGGAUAAGUUUGAGUGGGAUGAAGGCUAUUCUGAGCGGUUCGGCCUGUACUACGUGGACUUCAGGGACAAAAACAAGCCACGAUACCCCAAGGCCUCAGUCCAGUACUACAAACGGAUCAUCAGCGCCAACGGCUUCCCCAAUCAGCGAGAGGUUGAAAGCUGGAAGAGGAAGGCGACCGAAACCUGCUCAACCAGCAACCAGCUGCUAGCAACAGACCCCCUGACCAGUCACAUGGAGAUGGUGACCGAGAUUGUCGUUCCCACCGUGGUCACCCUCUGCAUCCUCCUCAGUGCUGCCUUCCUAAUGUUUCUGCUGCGUAGGCGAAACUAA